ACCAGCGCACGUCUCGAGGACGCCGCGCGCACUCGGAAAACUUCACCGGCGUCUCCAACAUGUGAACGGGACGGAACGACCUAUAAUGUCCGCGCUGAAGAAGGUGUUACCCAGCAUCCUGCAGAAACAUUGCUGUAUCCUACCAGAGAGGAACACAGGUGUGAAGAAGUGGCUGAGGGGCCUGAGGAGCAGAGAGGUUUAUUCAGAGUCCCAGUGCACUCUGUGUGGGGAUACUGAAGAGCAGCCAUAUUCAUGGUCACCUGUAGAGUUCUUCGAUGAAGACAGCUACCUCUCUCCUCCCAGGAACAUGAAAGGCCUAUCAGCUGGUCGCCUGCAGCUGUCCAUCACACCCGGACACGGCUGCGUCCUGACCGACUGUGACCACUCGCUCGACCAUCUGCAGCAUGGGCUGCCGGACCCACGUGCCGCCUACCUUCUCAGUCCCACGGAGAGCUGCCCCGUGGAACACCACCGCUGCUCCCCGCGGAGCUCCAUCCACUCCGAGUGCACGGGGAUGCCCGUCUCCGUGACCUCCGACCCCGUGUCCAGUAGCACCUUCCCGAGGAUGCACUACAGCUCCCACCACGAGGGUGGGCGGGAGGACGGCUCCGCCCCCCACGGCGGGGGAGGUGGAGGUGGUGGAGGAGCAGGGGGUGGAGCAGGAGGGGGUGGAGCAGGAGGGGGUGGAGGGGGACCUGCAACCGGCUCCGGGAAGAUGAACCGCAUACCGGCCAACCUCCUGGAUCAGUUUGAGAAGCAGCUCCCCAUGCACCGGGACGGCUUCCACACGCUACAGUACCAGCGCGCCUCGGCCACCAUGGCAACGGGUGGCGAGCAGAGGAGCGAGAGCCCUGGACGCAUCCGGCACUUGGUGCACUCUGUGCAGAAACUCUUCACUAAGUCCCAUUCCCUGGAGGGCUCGUCCAAGAUGAACGGCACCAAGGGCGACUCCCGCUCGGACGGCGGGCACCACCACCACGGCGGGCACCACCACCACGGCGGGCAUCACAAACACAGUAAGAGAAACAAGAGUAAAGAACGCAAGGCGGACUCCAGGUACCGGUCAGGGAUCACCACGGGCUGGUGGAGCUCUGACGACAACCUGGACAGCGACAGUACCUACCGCACUCCCAGCAUCAUGAGCCACCACCACGUGGAUCACGUCGGCCACUGCUACCCAGACUCUUUCCCUGGACAUUUCGGCGACCUCUCGCUCAAGAUCUCAAAGAGCAACAACGACGUGAAGUGCUCGGCCUGUGAGAGCGUUGCACCAGAAGGGAAGUUCAUGAAACGCAGCUCCUGGUCCACGCUGACUGUUAGCCAGGCCAAGGAGGCUUAUCGCAAGUCUUCACUCAACCUGGAGAAACCUGGGCUGCAUCCUGACCUGAAGUCCUCCAUGAGGCCCUGUCAUUACCUGCAGGUUCCUCAGGAUGAGUGGGGCAGCUACCCCUGCGGGAAGGACGAGGAGAUCCCGUGCAGGCGCAUGCGUAGCAGCAGCUAUGUGAAGGCCAUGGGCGACGAGGAGAGUGGAGACUCGGAUGGCAGCCCCAAGGACUCACCACAGAAGAGCAUGCAGCCCCCGGGCCUCAUCAAAUCAGUGCUGCACAGGCAACUGUCCGACCAGAGCUCAUACCGUUUGGAUAAGUCAAGCAGUGAUGUGGUUAAGUACCUCACCAAUUUUGCUGCAGACCUAAAUCAGAGCUACCAUCUGCAGGCAUCGAGGGACAUCCAUCCCAGCAUCACGCUGGACCCCUCUCCCAACUACAACUCACCUAAGUUCCGCUCCCGGAACCAGAGCUACAUGAGAGCAGUCAGCACCCUGAGCCAGGCCAGCUGUGUCAGCCAGGUGAGCGAGGCGGAGCUCAACGGCCAGUUCGAGUCCGUGUGCGAGUCCGUGUUCAGCGAGGUGGAGUCUCAGGCCAUGGAGGCGCUGGAUCUGCCCGGCUGCUUCCGGACCCGCAGCCACAGUUACCUGAGGGCCAUCCAGGCUGGCUACUCCCAGGACGACGACUGCGUUCCCUCCAUGACCUCAUCCGCCGUCAGGUCCGCCGCUGGAAUCCAGUUCCGCCUUCCAUCAUCCAGCAGUGAGGACAGGUGCCCCCCGCAGCUCCCAGCAGUGACCUACACUCCCAGUACUCCCACCUAUAAGCGAACACCUCCGCCCGUGCCCCCCCGCGCCACCUCCAAGCCUCUCAUCUCCAUCACGGCGCAGAGCAGCACCGAAUCCACGCAGGACGCAUACCACGAGGGCCACCUGGCCCGAGGAGGCAUGUGGGGGUCCGAGGGCCUGGGUCUCCACGUGGGCCGAGCCAUCUACAACUCCACCGACAGCCUGGACAGUGCAAAGGCUGUCACCAUCGCUAUGGAGGCAGCAGCCAUGGCGAUGGCAGGAAAGAGGCACCCCUCCACGGAUAGCCACAGCUCAGUGCUGACUUGCGACAAGGCAGUCCUGGUGUCCAAAGCAGAAGAGUACCUGAAAACACCCAGGUCCUCUGUAGGAAUACAGGUGGAGGCAGCCACGGACUCGGAGUCGGAGAGCAAAGGAUCGCGGGAGUAUCACUCCGUAGGAGUGCAAGUGGAGGACGACAAGCGCCUGGGCAGGUUCAAACGCUCCAACAGCGUGACGACAGCCGUGCAGGCUGACCUGGAGCCCGAGGUGUUCCCAGCCACAGAGGACAAGGGCCUGCAGUUCGGCGGCGCUUUCCACCACCAACUCCACCACCAACUCCACCACCAACUCCACCAGCAGCGCCACAGCGAGCCCAGCACACCCACCCAGUACGGCGCCGUGCGCACCGUGCGCACGCAGGGGCUCUUCAGCUACCGCGAGGACUACCGCUCUGCCAACGAGCUGCCCAGCCCUCAGCGUGCCACCCCCGAGCCGUGGGCGGAGCCUCCGGACGGCGCCGCCCGCGAGCCCGCCCCCGCCGUGGCCGUCACGGUGACCCCGCCCCAGGGAUCCGAGCCGGGCAGGGCGUCGCCGUCCGCACGCAGGGACGGGAGCUGCUUCAUGCAGCUCUUGCAUGGCCAGAGCAAGAGGAUGGAAGGGUGGUGCAAGGAGAUGGAGCAGGAGGCAGAGGAGAAUGACCUGAUGGAGGAGAUCCUAGGUAAAAUACGGAGUGCAGUGGGCAGUGCUCAACUCCUCAUGUCCCAGAAAUUCCAGCAGUUUUACUGGCUGUGUCAGCAAAACCUGGAUCCAAGUGCCAUGCCACGGCCCACCUCUCAGGACCUGGCUGGGUUCUGGGACUUGCUGCAACUCUCCAUCGACGACGUCACCUCAAAGUUUGAUGAACUGCAGAAGAUCAAGAGUAACAAUUGGAGGCUCCUCGACAGCCCCGUGAAGAAGCUCCCGCCUCCUGUGCCAAGGAAGACUCUCCGUAAAAGUGUGACACAGGAAAAGUCUCUAGACCUGCCUGACCGUCACAGGCAGGAAGCUCGGAGGCGUCUCCUGGCCGCCAAGCGGGCGGCUUCCUUCCGGCAGAACUCGGCCACGGAGCGGGCGGACAGCAUCGAGAUCUACAUCCCUGAGGCACAGACGAGACUGUGACAGAGCCCAGGACCCGGGAAACCAGCUCCACCAUCGCUGUCUCCAUCCUAGCCCCUCCACCUUCAGCCAGCGAACGCCCUGCAAAGCCAAAACCGGACGGCGCUCUGGGGGUCAUCGCGUGCCCCUUGGCUGACAGAGCCAACCAACAUCUCCUUCUGUCUGAAAUGUCUCGAAGACCAAGGAAGUGCCGCUCGUGAGGCUGGAAUAACAACAUAAUAAAGUUAUGACAGGUCUAAACAGCAACCAAAAUAAAUUGAGGUCGUUCAUGUGAACAUAAAUCUCCCGAAAGCAAGUUCGAGAUUGACAUGUUGAAGUAUUAGUACCCCAACAAAUUUUAUACUGUUGUUGUAGAGAAACUAAAUAAGUUGUCUAGUAAACCAAGACGUACGCUGACAAGCUUACAUCUUGAAAACUUUAUCAACCUAGCCUUACAAUUUAUCACUAAAAUGGUGUUAUUUAGUACGUUAUAUAAGUAGUGUAAACAGAAUUUGCCUAUACUGCUCACCAGAGGCAAGUGUGUGGUGGCUAAUCAGAGAAGCGGCUUGAGGCCUCGGUGCUUUUUUAGAUUUUCCACAUCAUCAAAGUGCUAUUACCAACACUGGGACCUGAAACCAGCAUCAGGUAACACGAGGGGUUCAACUUCUUUCUUUGUUUUGUUUCUGAAAGGAUGGAGGUCUAAAAAAUAAUUAAUUGCUUUUUUAUGUUUGGAAGUUUCAUGUUUCCACUCACCGCCCCCCCCACCCCCAUAUCUCUCUCUCUCUCUCAUUUUUUCUCUCUUUCCCUUUCUCUGAGUUCGUGUAAAGUGCCAAUGUUACAAUACCUCAGACGUGUAUGUUGGACUGCAUCUACAGGUCAAAGGGCAACGUCCAGUUAUGAGUCAUUACAUGAAUAUUUGUAGGUAACUGAAGAACAAGGGAGCCCUUAUUCCCAGAAAGUCAAACGUGCCGCUCUAAAGGUGAAGACAUCGAGAAUUACUAGUCAGAGCUUAUCAUCUUACUACAAGAAAUCAAAUAUACAUUGAACAACAACAUUACACCUGCACCAUGUAAUAUGGCUUGUGCCAAUUUUCUUAUUUACGCUUUCAUAAUCCAUUCCAUUGAACUGGUUUAUAUCUCAUUUUAUGGUAGAUAUUUGGGGAUGGAUUUGCUUAGAUCUUUAAAAUCAAUCAAAAUGUAAAAAAGGUUA